AUCCCGGAUUAUUAGUGUGCUGCUUAGCGCGCUAGUCCAUAUUUAUUCAAGAUCUCUCAGGAUCAUUUAGGUUUCGAACAUGCCUCAGAAUGAGCAUAUUGAGCAGUCGAUUAAAAGACACGGUCGUCGUUUGGACUACUACAAGAGAAAACGGAAGAGGGAGGCGAGGAUGCCUCACACUGCAGCUCAUUAUGCAAAGAAGUUACACGGACUAAAAGCCAAAAUGUACAACAAAAAGAGAUUUGCUGAGAAGGUGCAAAUGAAGAAGACUCUGAAGAUGCAUGAAAAGAAAGAUACCAAGUCACGUGACACGGAUAAGACUCCACAGGGGGCGGUGCCACCAUAUCUUCUUGACAGGGAAGCACAGUCGAGGGCGAAGGUACUGAGCAACAUGAUAAAACAGAAGAGGAAGGAGAAAGCUGGCAAGUGGAAUGUCCCGCUUCCUAAAGUGAAGGCCGUGGCUGAUGCGGAAGUUUUUAAGGUUAUAAAGAGUGGCAAACGGAAACAUAAGUCAUGGAAAAGAAUGGUCACAAAGGCUUGUUACGUUGGUGAGGGAUUUACAAGAAAACCACCCAAGUUUGAGAGAUUUAUUCGGCCAAUGGGAUUGAGGUUCAAGAAAGCUCACGUAACUCAUCCAGAGCUUAAGGCAACAUUUUGUCUACCAAUCAUCGGGGUGAAGAAGAACCCGUCAUCAACAAUGUACACACAGCUAGGAGUCAUAACCAAAGGCACUGUGAUUGAGGUGAAUGUCAGUGAGCUGGGGUUAGUGACACAAGGAGGGAAGGUCGUGUGGGGGAAAUAUGCACAAGUGACGAACAAUCCAGAGAACGAUGGUUGUAUUAAUGCUGUAUUGUUAGUAUGACGGUUAUACUUCAUAUGUACCUGUCUUUAUUGAGAAAUUGAAA